CGACAGGACCCGGAGGACGAGGAGGGAGAGCGCAGGCAGCGAGGAAAGGAGGAUCCCGGCAGGUGACAAGCAUGAAAUUCAGCCCAGCGCACUACCUGCUGCCUCUCCUGCCGGCGCUGGUCCUCAGCACCAGACAGGACUCUGGAGAGCUAGAAAAGCAGCUGAAGCAAGUCUUGAAGGAGCGGAGCACCAUCCUCCGCCAGCUGACAAAAACAUCAAGAGAACUUGAUGGAAUUAAAGUCAACCUUCAGAAUUUGAAAAACGAUGAGAAAUCUGCCAAAACUGAUGUUCAGAAGCUUCUGGAAAUAGGUCAGAAACAAAGAGAACAAAUGAAGUCUCUCCAGGAGGCCCUGGAAAAUCAGCUUAAAGAGACAACUGAGAAAGCAGAAAAACAGCAGGCUACUAUUGCUUUUUUAAAGACUGAAAUGGAGAGAAAGAACAAAAUGAUCCGAGAUCUCCAAAGUGAGAAUAAAAGCUUGAAACACAAACUCUUGUCAGGAAACAAGCUAUGUGGAAUACAUGCAGAAGAGUCAAAAAAAAUCCAAGCCCAGCUGAAGGAGCUUCGUUAUGGGAAGAAGGAUUUAUUAUUUAAGGCCCAACAGCUUACUGAUCUGGAACGAAAAUUAGCUGUAGCGAAAAAUGAACUGGAGAAAGCAGCUCUUGACCGGGCGUCGCAGCUGAAAGCAAUGAAAGAGACGGUACAACUCUGCCUCUCAGCUGUUUUCCAUGAUCAACCUCCUCCCCCUUUGAAUCUCUUCAAGCCUAGUCCAACUCGGAUAUCAAUUCCAUCCAUGCCAAAUGACACUAAGAUUGCAGAUGCAAGGACAAGAAGCAAGGAUCAACAAACCACUUCUGAAGCCCAUGAGAGCUCUCAAGUUGAGACUACAAAGGAAGAAUAUCUGAGUACCCCUGAGUGCGAUACUCAAAUUCUUUUACAGGGGAGCACGACCUGUUCAAUGAAGCACAAAGAAAAUCCUGCAAGCAAUGACACUGCAGAAUCAGAACCUGUCCCACAGAAUGUGAUGGUGCCUCCUUGUACUGAAUGCGAAGAGGAAAAAAACCCGGGAAAACAAUUGACCAGCACUGAAGGGAAGGAAAAUAGAGAAAAAAAAUGACUGUAAAUACCAAGAAACUGUGUUAAAAAACAUCCAUUUGCUAUUGUCUUCAUACUCUUUUUAGACCACAAGCUUGAUGGAAAUACUAAGUUUUUAAAGCAUGCAACUUUUUCACAAUUUUAUGUACCUUUAUAUAGUAGUCUACAAAUUUUCCAAAAGAUUCCAGGCCAAUUAUGAUCCUUAAGCAAUAACCUAAUUAAAAUGGAUAUCCAGGCUUCCCUGGUGGCGCAGUGGUUGAGAGUCCGCCUGCCGAUGCAGGGGACGUGGGUUCGUGCCCUGGUCCGGGAAGAUCCCACAUGCCGCGGAGCGGCUAGGCCCGUGAGCCAUGGCCACUGAGCCUGCACGUCCGGAGCCUGUGCUCCGCAACGGGAGAGGCCACAACAGUGAGCGGCCCGCAUACCGCAAAAAAAAAAAAGGAUAUCCACAGUCAUACAUCAUCAGUCAUCAGUAAAUUGCCCAGUAUAAAUUGGUCUUUUUUGAACUCAAAUGCAAUAUAACAUUUAAGUCUUCUGGUUCAUUUGGGUAUCCAGUACUUCCAUGAUCUUGUUUUUUAAAUCAGCUGGAGAAUGAUUAAAUGUGGAUCCUCAGCAUUCUUGGAAUCCAAAUUGAAACGAUAUCAUAAAGAUUUUGGUCCAUGCUGGUUAAUUGGAGCCACUCUCCUCAAGGUUGGAAUCUGUACUGAUCCUAAUAUAUUAUUUAUUUGAGUGUGUUCAUUGCUAUUCUCAUUACUAUUUAGAACCAUGUCUAAAUAAUAUCAAGGCAAUUCCGUCAGGGGUUUAGUCAAUUAACAAAAUUCUUUAAAUAUGUUUAGUAUGAUGUAGACAAAAUAUCAAGGAAGAAUGACUAAAUUUCUGACACAAUUGAUUAGAUUUUUGGCAUUCUAUAGACACACCCCUAUGGUUGUCAGCUGGAAUUACUUCAAGCUAUAAAUCAAGCUGUUUGAAAUGCUCAGUGUGAUUUUUGGUAUGAAAUUGGGUAAUGGGAUGUGGGAUGGGAAGAGAGGUCCAAAAUACAAAUAUGCAAGCAGAUAAUAUACAUUUUAAAAUGAGGAUUUGAUGAAAGUAAAAUAGCCAUGUAGAACUAAUGAACCCCAAUUUGUAUAUUUUGAAAACAAAUGUAUUAUUAAAACAAGUCAGUGGCUGUGGGAACCUGUGACAUUGGGACUGUACAUAGGAAUACCAUUGAUCAAAUAAAUUCACUCUUGGAUACUCUGAACAUACCUCAUAAGCAAGAGUAAUUGACACUGAUUGAAACGAUGGGUAUAGCAUCAAACUUAUAGACUAAAAUUAAUUGGUUAAAUGAAGCAGUUAGUUUGUCUGCACCAAAUCUAUUCACUUCUGCUGGUUAGACCCAUUUUGUAGAAAGCAUAUAAAACCAUUGUUUCUAUAGACUAGAUCUGCCAAGCCACAAUUAAUUUGGAGCACAGUAUCCUGACAUGAUCUGUAAUUAAUAGAUGAACUUAAAUUCUGGGAUAUGGUGGCACAACUUUGACCACAAUGACAUAUUCAAAGAAAUUUAGUGAUCUGGAGAAAUGCCAAACUAUCAUUAACAGUAAAAGUGAUACUGUGAUAUAUUCAUGUAGCAAUUGUACUUGCUGAGUAAUUCUGUGUCACUUAUCAGUAUUUUUCAGAUUACAGGCUACCUAAGAAAGAGAACUAGUUUUAUAGAUGAUUUAGAGGGUUUUUGGGUAAAAUGACCAGGACAAAAGAAAAGAUCAAGGUCUGAAGCUCCUGCUGACUCCUCAGCUCUAAAAAUCAUUUAAUUCGAUGAGAUGGAAUAUUGCUAAUUUCCCAGGUCCUAUUCCUUGUAAUUUCCAUAUUGUACCCAGAAACCCUAACCAACUCUAAAGAUUUAUGAAAGGGAAGCAGAUAAUUUAGUUUAAUUUAGGUUUACUCUCCUACCUCCACCCAUGACUCCAACUUCCCUCCCAGACCAUAUGGAGCCUAUGGAAAGUUAAUCACCAUUUCACCUUAGCAAAGUAUGUCUUGAGGAAUCUUUGGAAAUAAUAAAAAUAGAGUCAGGCUGAUAUUUUUCCGAAAAUUUUAGAUGAAAUGAUGAAAGAGAAUUUGGCUUAAUCAAAUUUGAACAGCUUCAUCUGUAAAUUAUUUUUUUCUAUACUCUAAAUUCCUGUUCUACUACAUGAUAAUAUAAUCAAUUUUCUUCUCUUAAAUACUGGCAUGAUCAAGUGGGCUUUGAAUGAAUAUAAUGUACACAUUUUUCUUUAACAAUAGAUAGCAUUAUGCAUCCUGCAGAGUUUACCGUGGUAUAUUCACUGCAUUAUUUGUUUAAAAACAAAAAUAAUUUGUAAUAGAAGAGCUUUAUAAAUAUUUUUAAGAAAUAUUCUGGGAGUUCCUUUGAACAGUUAAUCACAGAAUUCUUUUUAGUUUGUACUAUGACUUGAGUUUAAUGAAUGCAUUUUAUUUCUCUCAAUCCAUUAAUUGCUGAGGUUUAAAAUGCUUUACAAACGUGUGGCUUUUGUCCGUAAGAAAGGUGCCAUUUCUUAUUAUUUCUUUUAAUUAGCUCCUAUAUAAAUAGAUGUUGUUUUUGAGGAGUUAACAUUCAUAGCCUAACUAUCCUCAUGUGGAAAAAAAAAAUUAAGCAAAAUGUUGAAUGUAGAUAGUACAGUUCUAUUAUGUACUUGUAACAGUAAGCAGUGAAGAAUUACUUAUGCUUUGUAGAAUAUGAACGAUUCCUACUGAGAAACAAACACACUUUCCAGUGGAAUAACUUAUUUUAAUAUGAGUACUACCAGAACUAACAAUUUAUUUCUCUCUAUUAUUUUGAAGUACUGAUAUAUUCAUUCUAAGUUGGGAAUUGGUUUUGGACUUUGUGUUUCCUUUUAUAUGCAUUAAUAUGCAUAAACUAUGUAAACUAGUGCCUAAAAUGUGUAAGACCUAUAUUAAUUUAAAGCUGACUGUGUCUAUCCCAUGCCAACAUUCUCAGAUGAAAAGUGAAAAACUGAGUAACUCAGCUGGAUGUGUUUUUCUGUGUGAUCUCAAAUCUCUGAAUACUGAAUAUCUAUGGCUAACUAAUUUGUUUUUCAUUCUUUAGUCAUAUAUUUAGCAUUAAAGUGCUAUUUGAGAGGCAUUUCUGUUUCAUACAGUAUACUGGAUUAGAAGUCUGAGACAGUUGUAUGUGAAGGAGACAUUUACUGCUUUAGAUGGACAGUGUGGAUAGCUGGAUUAAAAUAAUAUUUGUGAACUUCGCUAUAAUGGAAUCUUUUAUUUUUGCAGCUCAGGUACUGUAAUUAGCGCUACUUGAAGUAGAAGUUGAAAUUAUCAGUGACACCAGAGAGUAGGGUAAACUGGUCAGACAUAGAGAGUAAUGACAACAUACACUUGUUUACUUAGGGGACAUUUUCUUAGUCAUAUAUACAGUCUUAAAUUUCCCCAAACUAUUUGUUCAUCUCGGUUACAUUAUAUAAUAUCGAUGGUCAAGUGGUGAAGAAUAAAAGGUACUGAAAAAUGGCCUAUUUUUGCUCAAUAAAGGUUUGUUUCCAAGACU